UGCGGUCACACUAAUUCCGAUCAACUCAACGCGCUGAGCAAAUCGAAUCGCUUGUGCUAAGAAUUUGUUUUUUCGCAAUUAACGGCCGUGAAGAGCCAGCGAUCUGCAUGCCAAGUGGCCAAUAACCAGGCAGAACAGUGUUUGCGUUGCACAAAAGCCCGCUAGCGGAGUGUGUUCCAUGUGUCAUUCCCGGCAGAAGAGCAACAAGUGGCCGAAAGUGGAAAGCAAGAGCAACAACUAAAUAAGUAAGGAUUAGUACACUGUAAGAAAAGGUGUUCGGAGCGGUGUGCACAGCUUGGCAGCUUGUUUUUUGUGCCGAGCGUCGCGCAAUAAAACAAACAAAAAGCCAGAGUCCAAAAACAACAACCACAACAAAAGCCGUUUGAUCGCGAGUUUGUGUGCGUGUGCGAGUGUGUGAGCGCGAGUGUGGCUCUAUCAGUGUGAGAGUGGCAAGCCAUUAUUUUUCUGGUCUUAUGACGUAAACCACCGAAAAAAAUCAAAAGUGAGCAGGCGACACAGAUAUCAAAACGAAGAAUGUCUCGUCACGAGAAAACCAAAUCCACGGGCGGCGGGCUCCUGGACAGCCUGUUCGGAAGACCCUCGAAGUCGAAGGGAGGAACCAUCAGCAGUGGCACCCUGGCCCAUGGAGGACGACCCGUGUCCACGGACAACUAUGUGGUGCCGGGCGUGGAGGACUUUGAGCAGUACAUCCAGCAGCUAAGCGUUGCGGAGCUGGAUGCCAAGUUCCUGGAGAUCAUCGAGGACAUGAACAUUCCGAAGGACAAGAGGGAGCCCCUGUUGGCCAAAUCGAAGGAGGAGCGACAGAAGAUGAUUAUGUGGCACUUGAAAGGUAAAAACUCACUGGAGCGCAGCGCCAACUCCCGCUUCGAGAAGCCCAUAGACUACGUGGAAUACCUGCAGAAUGGGGAGCACAGCACGCACAAGGUGUACCAAUGUGUGGAAUCUCUGCGCGUGGCGCUCACCAGCAAUCCGAUCUCGUGGAUCAAGGAGUUUGGAGUGGCGGGCAUCGGGACGAUCGAGAAGCUGCUGGCCCGGUCGAAGAAUAAUGCCAGCUACGAGAAGAUCGAGUUCGAGGCGAUACGGUGCCUGAAGGCGAUCAUGAACAACACAUGGGGUCUGAACGUGGUGCUCAAUCCGGAUCAGCAUAGUGUGGUGCUGCUGCUGGCGCAAUCCCUGGAUCCCCGGAAGCCGCAGACCAUGUGCGAAGCCCUCAAGCUGCUGGCCUCGUUCUGCAUUGUCUAUGAGCGGAAUGGCUACGAGAAAGUUCUCCGAGCCAUAACCACUAUUGCAGCCACAUCCUUUAAGGCGAGCGAGCGCUUUCGACCCAUAGUGGAUGCCCUGUUUGCAUCGGAUCAGCAGGAUCCCAAACGGGAAUUGGCCUGCCACAGCCUGAUUUUUAUCAAUACUCUCACCAAUACCCCCACGGAUUUGAACUUCCGCCUGCACCUGCGAUGUGAGAUUAUGCGCAUGGGUCUAUACGAUCGCCUAGAUGAGUUCACCAAAAUCGUCGAGGCCAGCAAUAAUGAGGCCCUGCAGCAGCACUUUAAGAUCUUCAACGAGAUCCGCGAGGAUGACUUCGAGGAGUUUGUGCAGCGCUUCGAUAAUGUAACCUUCAACAUGGACGACGCCACCGAUUGCUUCGAUGUGCUGAAGAACAUGGUGACCGACACCACUUCCGAGCCCUACUUCCUGUCCAUCCUGCAGCAUUUGCUGUACAUCAGGGAUGACUUCUACUUCCGACCUGCCUAUUAUCAGCUGAUUGAGGAGUGCAUCUCGCAAAUCGUCUUCCACAAGGGUUACUGUGAUCCGAAUUUCGAGAACCGGAACUUUAAUAUAGACACCUCGCUACUGCUGGACGACAUUGUGGAGAAGGCCAAGGCCAAGGAGUCGAAGCGGUCGGAGGAGUACGAGAAGAAGAUCGAGCAGCUGGAGAGUGCCAAGCAAGAGGCGGAAGCGAAGGCGGCUCAUCUGGAGGAGAAAGUCAAGCUGAUGGAGGCUAAUGGUGUGGCGGCACCGUCGCCCAAUAAGCUUCCCAAGGUAAACAUACCCAUGCCCCCGCCACCACCAGGAGGAGUAGGAGCACCUCCCCCACCGCCGCCACCUAUGCCGGGCCGAGCAGGUGGUGGACCUCCGCCUCCACCACCACCUCCCAUGCCGGGAAGGGCAGGUGGACCGCCACCUCCUCCUCCUCCGCCCGGAAUGGGAGGCCCACCGCCUCCACCCAUGCCAGGCAUGAUGCGACCGGGAGGCCCUCCACCACCGCCCAUGAUGAUGGGGCCCAUGGUUCCCGUUCUGCCUCAUGGUUUGAAGCCGAAGAAGAAGUGGGAUGUCAAGAAUCCCAUGAAGCGGGCCAACUGGAAAGCCAUUGUCCCGGCCAAAAUGUCCGACAAGGCGUUCUGGGUCAAGUGCCAGGAGGAUAAGCUGGCUCAGGAUGACUUCCUCGCAGAGCUGGCCGUGAAAUUCUCUUCUAAACCUGUGAAGAAAGAACAGAAGGAUGCGGUGGACAAGCCGACGACGCUGACAAAGAAAAAUGUCGAUCUUCGUGUGCUCGAUGGGAAGACGGCUCAGAACUUGGCUAUUAUGUUGGGAGGAUCGCUGAAGCACCUGUCCUACGAACAGAUCAAGAUCUGCUUGCUGCGCUGCGACACCGAUAUCCUGUCCUCCAAUAUCCUGCAGCAACUUAUCCAGUACCUUCCGCCGCCAGAGCAACUCAAGCGUUUGCAGGAGAUCAAGGCCAAGGGCGAACCGCUACCGCCGAUUGAACAGUUUGCAGCCACAAUAGGGGAAAUUAAACGCCUUUCGCCGCGACUUCACAACCUGAACUUCAAGCUGACCUACGCGGACAUGGUGCAGGAUAUCAAACCCGACAUUGUGGCAGGAACGGCAGCAUGCGAAGAGAUCCGGAAUAGCAAAAAGUUCUCAAAGAUCCUGGAGCUGAUUCUGCUGCUUGGAAACUACAUGAACUCGGGCUCCAAAAACGAGGCCGCCUUUGGUUUUGAGAUCAGUUAUCUAACCAAACUGUCCAACACGAAGGAUGCGGAUAAUAAGCAGACAUUGCUGCACUACCUGGCUGACCUGGUGGAAAAGAAAUUCCCGGAUGCCCUAAACUUCUACGACGAUCUGUCGCAUGUCAAUAAAGCGUCGCGGGUCAACAUGGAUGCCAUCCAAAAGGCCAUGCGACAAAUGAAUUCGGCGGUAAAGAACCUGGAAACUGAUCUUCAGAACAACAAGGUGCCGCAGUGUGAUGAUGACAAGUUUAGCGAGGUGAUGGGCAAGUUUGCCGAGGAGUGCAGACAACAAGUGGACGUGCUGGGCAAAAUGCAGCUGCAAAUGGAGAAGCUGUACAAGGACCUCAGCGAGUACUAUGCCUUCGAUCCCAGCAAAUACACAAUGGAGGAGUUCUUUGCGGACAUUAAGACCUUCAAGGAUGCCUUCCAAGCGGCGCACAACGACAAUGUGCGGGUGCGCGAGGAGCUGGAGAAGAAGCGCCGUCUGCAGGAGGCCCGAGAGCAGUCUGCUCGGGAGCAACAGGAGCGCCAGCAGCGUAAGAAGGCAGUGGUUGACAUGGAUGCCCCGCAGACGCAGGAGGGCGUGAUGGACAGUCUGUUGGAGGCACUGCAAACGGGCUCAGCCUUUGGCCAGCGAAAUCGACAGGCCCGGCGACAAAGACCGGCGGGAGCGGAGCGGAGGGCCCAGCUCAGCCGGAGUCGAUCGCGGACGCGUGUCACCAACGGACAGCUAAUGACCCGCGAAAUGAUCCUCAACGAGGUUCUAGGCUCCGCGUAGAAGUAAUGGAACGAGCAAUUACCCUCUGUACAUAUAUAAAUAGACAUCUGUAGCGAUAUAAGGGCCUGGGCUCAUUAUCCGUGAGUCCGUGUGCUCAGCCUUGCUUGCAUAUCAACUCGAUUGGCGUGUCCAAGAGACUUGACGAAUUGGAUGCCCAGCAGGAAGAACUGUAUCAAAAGCCGCAAAGUACUAAUUAACUGAAACUAGAGUGACAGUUCGAUUUUCCGAAAUGAUUCAUUGCUGUAAGGGAGUUUAUAGGAUUGAAUUUUUCGUUUGAAUUGAUUUGAGUAUUUAUUUAAUUGAUUGUUUAAUAAAUAACAUUUUGUUCAGAAUUUAUAAUAUGCAAAUAACACAUUAAAGACCACUUUGAUUUAAUUAAAAUGAUUGGCAGGCCGAUAAACGAAGUACCCCUUUUAACUUUAGUUGUACAUUUCAUUUAACUUUAUGACUGUCCCAAAAAUAUUAAAGUACCAAUUUACAAGUCAAAUAUACUAUAAACUAUAUAAACUAUAUAAACUAUAAACUCCUAGUUGACACUAAAUUCAUGUCAAUAAAUUAGCAAUGCAUAUCAACGAAAACUCCAACUUCGCUGCCUAUACGAAAAAAACCAUAUAUAUAUAUUUUUGAUACGCUUUUACUUCUGAAAUACUUAAAAAUGAAACUAAAAGCAACUUUAAGAUUGAUCUGUAUCUUGUGGUCCUUAGAUACUGUAUUCCUAUUUUACUGUGGCAUGUCCCAAUCAUUUUGCUGUGCACUUCGUUUUCGAGGCACUCAGUGGAGGAGAAGCAAGAUUUAUAUCAAAGCAAACUUCCUUUUGUAUUUAAUUUGUUUUUAAGCGAAACUUUUUUAAACUUGUUUACCCUAAAAUCCUAUUUUAAUCCGCGCUAUACAUAACAUUGUUAAUAAAUGUCUAUUUUUCGACAAUGACGGUAUAUUGAAAAUAAAACUACCAAAUCAAA